AUGUCGCUUCUCUGCUCGCUGGUCCUCGGAACACCAGCCAGUCCGAGCAUCUGCUCCGCCGACACGCAGUGCGCCAAUGAUUCGCCUGUUUGCUGCCACGGCACCUGUGCCAAGAUUUGCAUGAGUGCCUCGCCGCCACCAAGCCCUGGACUUCCCGAGGAGUGGCUCCGUGAGGAAGUGCCCGGCGAACCCGCCGCCUGCACCGACGACUCCCAGUGCAGACAGAAAUAUGAGACGUGCUGCCGAUGGAACGACACCAUUGGAGGCUAUGGCGGAGAGGGCACGUGUGCUCAGGUGUGCACGCUCUCGAGCGUCAAGCAGUCGCCUCCCCCCACCACGCCGCCGAUGCAAGACGCAUCGCCGUCACCAAGCCCUGGACUUCCCGAGGAGUGGCUCCGUGAGGAAGUGCCCGGCGAACCCGCCGCCUGCACCAACGACUCCCAGUGCAGACAGAAAUACGAGACGUGCUGCCGAUGGAACGACACCAUUGGAGGCUAUGGCGGAGAGGGCACGUGUGCUCAGGUGUGCACGCUCUCGAGCGUCAAGCAGUCGCCUCCCCCCACCACGCCGCCGAUGCAAGACGCAUCGGCGCCGCCGUCCCCUCGAACCUGCAGCGCUGAGCUUGCGUGCCCCAAGGGCGACCAAGCCGCAGCAGCCUACCUGUGCUUCAAGGGCCGCCAGACAUCGUCGGACACCAUAGACGCCACCGCAGAGAAGGCAGGGCUGGAUGCCAUCCAGGCUAUCUGA